UUAGAAAUGCCACAGAAUUGAUAACGCACAAAUACAUGCACGUAAAGGCAACUUGCCAAGGUUGGAUGGGCUAGCCAAAAGGCCCAAAACCCCAGGACAGAGUUGGACUUCCUUCCAUCAGUUCCAUGAGGUUAAAAUCUUUCCAUGACGAUCCCUCCACCGCUCCACGGUACUACACACUUCCAAAUACACAACACCUGUAUAUUUAUAUGUUUUGAAUUCCUCAACAAGAAACCACUCAGCAAUUACCAAAUUCUUUCAUCAACUUCAGAAACCACCCAUACCCCGUGUCUUUCUGUCGGUCUCUGUCCGUCAGUAUGUUUGACACAAGUGGAGCUUGAGCAUAAGAAUGGCCGUUGGGAGGCGUGGUAGAGACCUAAUCGGCCCUCUUUUGGUGGCCAACUUGGUGGCGUACCUUAUCGUUCUUGGACUGGCUGGAUGGUCCCUUGACAAAUACAUCAAUGGCGAACAAAAUCACCCCCAUUUGGGUGGGAACCCAUCAACAAGCUUUAUGUUGAUCUUCGCUUUGAUGGCUGGUGUGGUGGGUGUUUGUUCUGUUCUUUCUGGGCUAGUGCAUCUUCGGGCUUGGCGGAGUGAGAGUUUGGCUGGGGCAAGCUCUUCAGCUGUCAUCUCCUGGGCUAUUACUGCUCUAGCUUUUGGUUUGGUUGGAUAUCUUGGCAGUCUAGUGUGCAAGGAAAUCAUUUUGGGAGGACACAGAGGAAAACGCUUGCGAACAUUGGAGACCUUCAUAUUCAUAUCACUAAUGACUCAGUUGCUAUAUCUAGUGCUUCUGCAUGCUGGGGUGUUUGACGGCAGCUAUGGACCAGGUUAUCGUAGCUCCGGUGACGACCAUGGCGGUGGCAUUGCCAUGGGUCAGGAAUCCCAGAAGACAGACACUUCUGUCGCCUGAAA